GACGUCUAAUAGCCGAUAAGAUAAAAAAUCAAGGUGCUCUAGUGGCGUCGUUAAAUAAAACACUUUUUUUCUUUAAGAACAAAAUCUGUCUCUGUCUCUGUCCCUCUCUCCUCACUCCCCGUCUUGUCACACCCUACACCUCCGCAACCGUCGACAAGAGUCUUUAAGUAACCGAGACUACAACACAAGUCGAUAGAUAAGGGGAAAUAAUCGAGUCCCAGAGUCUAUGGCGGAAAUUAUAAACAAGUUCGCACAAGUUUAAUCCUUUUAAAAAUCGAAUGUUUUGUGGGAUAUCGGAUUUCAGAUGAGGUCGUAAAAAGUGGCUGGACGAUACCAUGUAAGGAAUCCUGUAUGAAUUGGAUGUCCUAUUUAACGCUGGAAGACAUGUAGAAAUUCAUAAAUAAUGGAAAUUUGAAGCAUCAUCAACAUGCAUAUUGAAGAUGCAGUGUUCACCUCAUCAGAAGUCGUGGAAUUCGGUUCCCGCCAGACACAAGUUCUCCCAGCCUUCUGCUCAUUCUGUAGCAAACGGCAACACUGGCAGUUUGAGGAAAGUAAAAAAGAAGCUAGAUUUCCAUGAUGAUGAUGAAGAGGAUGAAAAUGGUUUAGAUUUUACUGAUAAACUUAAAGCUUUUCGAGGCUUGAUAAGUCCCAGGAAGCAUCUCUUGGUGAAAAAAGAAUUGGAAAAGGGGAGAAAGCCUUGUUCUGAAAAUUAUGACAAGGACGAAAAUCCUUUACCUUUUACAGAUAAACUUGAAGCUCGAGAGUUUAAAAGUCCUAAGAAACAUGUCCUAGUGAAAAGAGAAGUAGAAAGGGGGAGAAAACCUGGUUCUGAAGAUUCUUCAGGACAAAACUGCAGAGAUGGUGCAGGUUUAACGAAGAGGAAUGAUGACUACCAUAAGUUCUUGAGACGUCCAGCUUCUGCAGGACCAGGAGUAGUCAAAGGUGUUGGUGCCAGCAAUGCAGCAUCAUCCUUGUUGAGUGGGAGGUCCAGUGUGGAUGUCUGCAGUGACAUGUGUCUUCAGAGUCCUUGCUCCGCCCAUGAAUUGGCCACACGACUCGAGCACAUUGAGGAACGUCUUCAGAAUCACGAAUUCAGAUCACCUGGUCAUACCAAGAGUAGAGGAUUGGUCCACUCUACGCCAGUAUCCGAGUCCAGAUGUCAAACGAAUGAAAAGAAUGAUGAAGAACUGGAUCGGUGGAAGAGAAAUGAUGAUGGUUACCAGGACUGGAAGAAAGAUUCUCUACAGCACCACAGAACUAGUAGUGACAUGCAUGCUGGACAAGUGUUUAGUCAUAACACAGACGUGAACAACAAUGUGAAGGAUAAACACACUGAGACGUCUCCAGAUAUUCAUGUUUUGUUGGACAGACUGCAGAAAAGCAGACUCAGAAAAGCAGACUCUCCUUACACCGAAGUCUCUUCAAAUGAAAGGACACGUUCAACCAGAACAAAAAGACCACAGUCUUCCAGAGAAAGAGAUUUAAUACGAUUGGAAAGACCACAGUCUUCCAGAGAAAGAGAUUUAGUACGAUUGGAAAGACCACAGACUUCCAGAGAAAGAGAUUUAGUAGGAUUGGAAAGACCACAGUCUUCCAGAGAAAGAGAUUUAGUAGGAUUGGAAAGGCCACAGACUUCCAGAGAAGGAGAUUUAGUAGGAUUGGAAAGACCACAGACUUCCAGAGAAGGAGAUUUAGUACGAUUGGAAAGACCACAGACUUCCAGAGAAAGAGAUUUAGUACAAUUGGAAAGACCACAGACUUCCAGAGAAGGAGAUUUAGUACGAUUGGAAAGACCGUUGUCUUGUAUUGCAGACUUGACUCAUAAUGAAAGAGAUCUGGCAAGGCUGCAACGACCUCGUUCUUGUAAUCUGGACAUUGGUGAAGAUAAUUUGGUGCUGAAGAUUCAGCAUGACAGUGUUGAUGCCUCUAUAGAAGUUGCAAGUAACUCAGAAAGAUGGUUUAGACAAAAUGGAAGCGUGACCUGUAAUAUUUCUCAAAGAGAUCCAAGUGUCUUUCAAAGUAGUUUGAGAUCCUCUGUCAAAAGAGAACUGAACUCCAGUAUUCGUCAGACUAACGUUCCAUUUUUUGAUGAAAUUGCUAGUCCAUCAGGAUCUAUGAGAACAUGUUCUGUUAAUACAGAGCCUGCAUCGCCAAAGAUAUCUGCCUUUGAUUCAGAAAGAAGUGGUCAAGACGUAGACAAUCAUGUUCCCAUUACGAGAAAUCGCACACAUGGCAUCAGAACCAUGCAUAGAUCUGUCAAAGAUGAGAGAUCAGCGAUUGCAGGAGAUUCCAGAGAUGUUCAGGGUCGGCAGUUAGAAUAUGUUAGACAUUUGCACAAUGAGGCAGUAACAGAUGAUGGAACUGAUUCUCGAGCAUCACCUGUUGAUGCAUGUCUUCAAGUAUCUCCAGAUGCAGCAUCUAAGAGAGUCACAGGUUCUGCAAUGCACAGGAGUAGUCGAGAUAGGAACAGUGAACAUGCAUCAGAAGUUAACAGCAGACAGAAAUAUCACAAAGCAAAUCACAAUGAACUUGGAAGUUAUCGAUGUGAUGUAGAUGAUGUCCAGGAUGAAAGAAAGUCGAAUCUGGAUAUUGACUGGUCAGAUUCUGGAGCAGGUCCUCUGACUCUAAACCAGUUACGGGAUCUGCAUAACAGAGCAUUUGGAAAUUCUGAUGAGAAACAUGUACCUGGCAGUUUGACUGGUAGUAUAAAACAUAACAGAGUUUCUAGAAAGUCUGAAGAUAAUUCUGACGCCGAAAGUUUAACAAAUACUGGAGUUUCUAGGCAGUCUGAUGUAUCUGAGGGUCCAGUUAACAGUAUGGUGAAUAGUGAAAAGUAUAAUGAAGAAUAUUUGCACCAUAAAACCACAUGGAAUAGAGAGCAGCAAAGUUACAGGAGGAAUUUAAAGAAGUUGAAUGAACUGAUGGAAAGACGAUCUAUAACACCGUCAUAUAGCAGUAGUUGUCAAACACUUCAAGAAAAUGGAUGUCUGGAAAGAUCCUUGACUCCAGCAACUUAUGAAAUGCAAAGAAAAACUAGAUCACAAGAAGCUGAUGCAUUGCUGUCAUUUUCUGUUCAUGGAAUUGAAAAGCAUCGUGAAAAUAACUUGGUUCCAAGGUCCAAAGAUUAUGACAGCAGACAGUCUGGCAGAAGACUAGAGUCAUCUUCCACUGGUGUUGAAAAGUCCAGGAUAGAUAAAUCUUACUCACCUGUGUCAUUUGAUAAAGAAAAGAAGCAUCAGAGUCCUAGUAGGACCAAAAAACCCAGAUAUUUGUCUGGCAGUAAUGUUGAGAAACCAAGCUGUAAAGUUUCUGAUUUCUAUGAAAUGAAGAAAACUGAAAAACAAACAGGAAUAAAACAUCUACAAGCAUCAUCAAAAUAUCCCGUGGAACAGCAACGAUCUCAAACUCCUGCGUCAUAUGAAAGACAUUUGAAGCUGCGAUCAGCUCAUUCUGGCAGGCAAUCAGCAGAUUUAAUGUCAGGAGACAACAAAGUGAGGGAGAACCGUGAAAGGAACAUGCAAAAGUCUGUUUCCGAAAACCAAGUAAUAACAAAAAUUGCUAAACAAUCACUAAGGAAUCAGAGUCCACCAAAGGUAAAGCCUAGAGUCAUCAAACGAGAGAUAUCACCAAACAAGUUACAAGAAUUCAACAAAAAGGUGGCAAAGAAUGAAUCAACUGCAUCAAAAUCUCCUCUGAAGAAACGUUCCAGUAAUAUGUCUGAUAAGAGCAAAGUUGAUGUUAGUCAUCAUAACAAACGAUCUAAUUCCACAGAGGGUUCGAGGAAAGUUGUUUCACAAGCUAGAUCUCGUGUAGCUCCACUAGCAGACGUAUAUGUAAACUCGCUGACAGACACAGAAAAGCAGCACCUUUGUUUGGAUGAUGUCCGUAAGCUACAUUUCGAGGUCGACCAACAACGCCAAGAUAAACUAUUUACUUCUUUUGAUUCAGACUCUGAACUAAGCGAUGAACUCUCAACAGCUCCUGAUGCAAGGACAGCAUCAAGGAAUACAAAUACAGCUGAGAAAGCAGUUGUGUAUGCAACAGAGUCUGAACAUUUUGGAAACAGAUAUCUGGAUUUAGAACAAGAUUGUGGUCAUCAUGAUUUGGUUAGUGCUAAAGGUAAUAGGGGAAACAGAAACUCAGUUGAAGUGUCAGCUGACAUUACAAUUCCUGAGUUGUUUGGAAUGAAAAUCACAAAAACCAUUAAUCGAAUUAAUAAUGGUGCCUGUGAGAAUGAGCAUCGGAAAUGUGAUGGAGCUGAUAUCCAGUAUGAAGUCACGAUAUCUGAUGGUAAGGAAACCAGUCAAAACGUAACAAACAGCAACUCACACAAAAAUCAUCGUCUCUCCAAAUUGGUGCAUAGUGUGACUGAUAAUGAUUUUAAUACAAGAUCUUCCAAUAAACUGCAUCAGAGUGAAACUGAACAUGGCUGUGUUCUUGGAAUUGGUAUGUCAAAUAUGCUUGGUCAUCAGCAUGAAGGCUUUAAAAGGCAGAUUUUGAUUGGUCAGAUGAAUGAGGACUGUGAUACAGAAGUAAGGAAUGGUCAAGAAACCUACAUGCAAAGAUGCAGAAGUGUAGCUAGUCAAGAUGGUAGUGACAUUGGUGAUUCUCUCUGUUGGGAUAGUGACAAUCAAAGAGGUAUAGAUUGUGCGUCUGCUCAUGAACAAAAUACACAUCGUUACAAGGAGGAGGAAGAAGACUCUUAUUCCAUGCUGACCAAGCCAGGACAUUCAGAACAUCUAUCAGAGAUGGAAGAGAUACAUACUACGCAAGGCAAUAAUCAAAAUAAACUGCUUUUGUCUCUUGAUGGACGGAAAGAGUUUCUGGAUGGUGUACCAGUCAUUGAUCCUGUGAGCGCAGAACGUUUUAUGGAACGUCAGAAACAAAGAAAUAUUGUUAGAGAAAUGGAGCUUGUGGAUAGACUAGUGAUGUCUAGAUCUUGCAGUAUUCUGGACUCUACUGGUGGAGAUACUUGUGCAGAAGAUGAGACAGAUUCAAGGCUGUUGUUUGAGCCUCCUGAGAAGGACACAUCCACACCACUGAAAAACUAUCAUCUGACUAAGCAAGACCAACCCAUGGCAGCCAUAGGAUCCUUAAAAUCUCCAUACUCAGCAGCAGACACAAUCAUUUCUCACCUUGGUGACCCUGGAACUGUCCGCUUGCUCAGGCAACUCUACGCAGUCAGUGAAACGGCCAGACCAAACCUGAUUCUCAAGGCACGGUACUUCAAGGAAUGGCAGCACAGUGUUCAGGUUUUAAAAGAGCAGAGACAGUAUGACAACACUUUACUGCAAGCCAAUCAUUUUCAUUUAAACCGACUGACAGACAAAUACUUCCACCGAUGGCUCGAAGCUACGACAUCUCAACAACAAAACCGCAAGGCAUCCAUCCUGUACCGACAAAUCAUGUUGAGGAAAGGUCUGGGGGCCUUCAAGUGGGCUAUCGGCCGGUCUCGACACUGUCACGACAUCAUGCAGAGUCGAGUCGAGAGUAUUCUCCUGACCACCAGUUUUGUGAAGUGGCGCAGACUGACGGAGGAAAGACAAAGGUUUCGAUUGUCAGAGGCAUUUAAAGCAUGGAGGAACUUGACGGUUGAAGUGCAGAGUUUACGUUCGUUUGAAAAGUCUAUGAAUGAGAAACUGGCUAGAAGGAUGUUAACCAGGUGGAAGGAAGUUUAUGUAGUUUGUGUCAAACAGCAUAAAGCAGAUGAAUACAGCAGACGCACUCUGUUAAAACACAUGUUCGAGUCGUGGACGUCAUUCACAACCCUGUCCACACAGCAGGCACAUCGUCACCAAGUUGCAAUCGAACAGUAUCAACUGCUACUUCAGAAGAAGAUGUUUGGGGAGAUGGUACUGGUGUACAGGAAGUACCAGAAAGCCAGGUGGCAUUAUGGUCACCGGAAGCUGGGUCAGUUUUUCUGUGCAUGGCGUCAGGUGAUAGGUGUGUGUAAGCUGGAACAGGAAGAAAACAUACGCACGAGUACGACUCACUGGAACUUCACCACCACCCGCAGCUACUUCCUACACUGGAAGGUUGUCCUUGGCAACCGGCGCGCCAAGAGGAUGGCAGACAAAAACCUUCUCAGACAAACCUUUGUCAAAUGGAAGUCUGUCUGGCAGCAGGAGAAUGAGAGAAGGAUGAAGAUCGAGCAGCGUAUAAAGAUGAAUAAAGUCUGUCACGCUUUCCGAUGCUGGCAGAAGAACGUGGUAGCGCGGAGACGCAGACAGAAUAAAGCGGUGAUGUUGCUGGAGAGAGGACUUCUACAACAGACAAUGCUGGACUGGUGGCGAUACACACGCUACAAGAAAGAGUUGAAUAAGAAACUAAAAUCCUACCGAGAUCAUUGUAACCAACGGCAACUAGCAGAUGCUUUCCGUGUCUGGCAUCGCCAGUUCCAGCAGAAAGUUGAUGAAGAAAGAGCACGGAAGUUCUGGUCAGAUAAAUGUGUUGUGAAAUGUGUACGCAAGUGGAAACAUGUUUGCCGAAAGCGAAGACUGCGGAGCUUGCUGGCCGAGACAGAACCAGAUCGACAGCUGAGAUGUUUACAAGUUAUGUUUUACCGCUGGCUGGCCACGAAACACGGGGUGGAUGUGGAGAAGUGUGAGGCGAGUGAUGCGCGACAGAUCCUGGAUCAGUGUCGGCUGCGACGUCGGUUCCUCAUCUGGAGACUGGCCACACUACAAGCUCUCACCAUCAAACCGCUCAUACUACACAGACAAAACAAACUGCGGUCGAAAUGUUUUGUUGCUUGGUUGGUGAUUACACGACACAAAGCAGAAUGUCGACGUAGCCAAUAUCUGUUCAUGAAAUUCAAACUCAGACAGAUAUUUGAUACAUGGAGACGCCAAUACGUUGCCUGUCAGCUUGGAAAAGAAGUGCGACACAAAACGGACACCGGACUGCUAAUCGCCUGUCUACAGGAGUGGUCGUUGGUUCUUCGGCGGAAACACGCAGCCCGCGCCUUUAACGAGCUCAACAGUGUCCGUCACGUGUUCACGUACUGGAAGUCGUGCACAGUCAGUCAGCUUCAAGCAAAGGCAGACGCUCGAGACAGAGAAGAAGAAGACCUUGCUCUGAAGAGAUUUUACUUCAACCAGUGGUUAUCGAACAUCCACGAGCAGGUUUCGGAGAACGAUGACACAAUCAACAUGUUACAACAGAGACAGGCGUACAACCGGAUUCGACGGUCGUUUGCGGCAUGGCGCGACCAUCUGCAUGCAACAUUCAUUGCAAGAGCAUAUCACAAGAACCUGUGUCAACGUCUGAUGCGAACGGUCAUGGUCGAGUGGCAUCUCGUGGCAGACCACUCACUAGCAGACGCAGUUCAGCGAUUCGCCGACCAGCUCGGACUGCCUGUGCCAGACGAGCGAGAUUCGUCGGAGAGAUCGGACGGCUCCUUUACCAGUCUUGGAGGUUACCAUAGCAACAACAGAGAUGUUAGCGGUGUGGGCGAUGGUGAUUUUGAAAUGAGAGUGAGCAGUCCUCGAUCCUCUUCAUCAGCAGCUUGUUCUUUCCGCAGACUGUUUGGUGCGGGUGAUUCCUCGGACCGAUCUGAACCCGAUGGAAUGUCGCUCAUUGGUCACGCUUUUCUCGAUUCCUGUCACAUUGAAGAAAAACAAGCACGCGCGGAGAGAAUUAAGAACAUUGUACUGACUGUUGUAAAGCGUCUCCGCCAUUGGCCGGUCAGUGUGUUACUCGACCAAUGGAAGGAGUUCACAGCCAGACAGCUGGAGUUGAAGAGACUGAGAUCACGUCUGGCCGAGAUUCAUCACAGAUGUAUCCUGACUCUGGCUUUGAGGGAUUGGCGGCAAAACUACUCGGCUGUUUUAUGUGCCAAAAAACACAGGAGCAAUCUACUUCUUUCAAGGACCUUUUCAGCAUUACAGAGUUACGUACAAAGGAGAAAAGAGAAAACUCAGUUGUUGGGUGUGGCCAGAAAACAUCACAUGAUGGUUGUCUUUCAGAAAGUGUUUCCGCUGUGGCUAGCCAAGACACAACAACGACAGCAUGACAAGCAUGUGCUACAUCUGUGGUCAACGACAACGGCCGAAGAACAGCGUCUGAUUCCGCUCGAGGUCCGACUGUCUCGGGAGUUCUCGCGUCGUUCUCUCAAAGUGUGUUUCUCCAUCUGGUUCACAAAACACAAGUUCACCGCCAAGAUAAAACACGCUUACCACAGCGGAUUGAUCAAAAGAUCAUUUCUUGCCUGGAGUGAAUGGGCUCAAAAACGCCAUGAGCAUCACCAAAAAUGUGUGGAAUUUAAAGACAGAAGAAUACUGUCAAUGACUUUUAAAACCUGGUACCAAAGACUGCAGCAGAAGCAGGAAACUGAGAUACGGUAUACACUUGCGUGGAACAGCUAUCUACAGCUGAUCAUUCAGACAUGGGCUGCGUGGGCAAAAGCAAACCAUGGUCGAAGACUUCUAGCCCGACAGCUGAUCGACAAGCAGGAUGAGAACAGUCUAAGACAGAGAUUUGUUUACUGGAAGUCUGUGACGGGGAAAGUCCGCCGGGUGAAAACUCGCUGUGACUCUCUCCUGUUGACGAGUGUUGUUCAACAGUGGAGGCAGGUCGUGCUGGAGAAACGGAGAGUGGAACAUAUGAUUCUGGAAUUCCGGGUCAACUCCUACACUAGACUGGUGAAGGUGUUGUUCAAGAGAUGGUGCAGCUACCACUCGUGGCGUCUCACACAGAAAGAAGAGCAGGAGGCGUACAGACAGAACCAGGCGCUCGUUCUGGCCAGGCGGUGGAGGAAGAAAGCUCGGGUCAGUCGGGGUCAAAGGUUACACGAUGCUCUGGCUGCAAACAAGGUGAAGUCUUGUUUCUGCAAGUGGAAGCUAGCGUUCGGCAGAUGUCUCGACCGAGAAGACACGCUACAGCAACACCUAGUUGUGAAGAACCGAGUGUACCUGUCUGUGGCACUACAAGCCUGGCACACUCAUUACCUGGGCAAUCAGGCACAGCGAGUGUUUAAUCUUAAACUGCAAGCGACCGUUCUCGAAGAGUGGAGUCAAUGGUCGAAAGCGUCUAAGGAAAGGCGGAUCCGCGGUCUGGCGCUACAGAAAGCGCUGGCGGAGCGGACCCUACACACGUACUUCAAGUACUGGCUCGGACUGACGCAGGUCCAGCAGUCCUUACGGACUCACGUCGGACUCAAAAUACAAACACGUGUUUUGCAAGCUUGGCACAGUUACGUUCAGCGAAGACGGCAAUUGACCGACAUCCAGAACAUAAUGACCCAGAAGGUCAAUCUACGCAUAAUGACCUCGACCUUCAUGAACAUGAGGUGUCAGUUUGAUUACUGUCAAGGACUGAACGACAUUGCACUUAAAGUUACCAACAACAAAAACAAAGAUCUUUUGCGAAAGAAACUGCGACUCUGGCAGGCGCGUUUGGAUGCCAUUUUGGCAUCACGUUGCUACGGGAAAUUUCUUGCCGUGAGAGUAGUCCGACGAUGGCGGAAGUUUGUUAAGAAACGAGUUGACGAGAGACAGAUGGAGAAACAUCACACUGAGCUUGCCAUUCGGCAUUACAACAACAAAAUCUGCAAAUUAGCGAUAUCGGCUCUUUACAAUCAAGUUCUUGAGUCCCGUCAGCGCAAGCAUCACGGAGAAAGAAUGGCAAUGAAAUACGCCAAACUGUGGAAACAUCAUGUAGAUUUGGAGUAUACUGCUCGCUGUGUGAAUGAGGAUAGACUCUAUCAGAAAUCAUGGCUGUUUUGGCGACUCGAAUUCACCAGACGAAAAGCGGCCAAGACUGUUGACUCGUACAGCAGACGACAACUUCUGACACAGGUGUUUUCGGCUUGGCAUCGUGUGUGCCAAAAGAAGCAAAGAAAAUCAUUUAUUCCUGUCUCGGUGACCUCAGGUCAAGGACAAGUUCAGACAAGGUCGUCAAUUCCGGUGCCAGUUGGUACCCGCAGUCUAGCAGAGUCUCUUCGAAGAUCCCGAAAUCAACUGAUACCAGAGUGAAAAUAAUAUUUAUUGUAUUCUUGCAGUCAUUGCAUAACUCUGCAGGAGGAAACUGAGUUUGAUUUCUUCUCUUUUUGUUUUCAGAAAAGUAUACUGGUAUAAUGAUAAAUCAGCAUCCUCUAGCUAUGGGGCGGGACGUAGACCAGUGGUAAAGCUCUCGCUUGAUGCGUGGUCAGUCUAGGAUUGAUCCCCGUCGGUGGGCCCAUUGGGCUAUUUCUCGUUCCAGCCAGUGUA